AAACACAGCUCAGUCCGUUCAGUACAGUUUCUGACGUUGAAUCCUGUACUGUUAAUUUGCAUUGGAUCACAUAUACCAUAUGAUCUUCAGUGGCGUUUUGUGAAAGGUUUCAUGAAAACAGGAUGAUUGUACAGGGCAGGCACCGACAGUAGUUUUUGUUUCACUGAUAACACAGAACAGAUGUUUUCAAUGGAUCCAUUUUGUAACAACCUUCUUUAAUAUAGAAACAUGUGUUGCAAAGCUGUAUGGUUCAUGUUUUGAGGAACAGAUACUGAUCUAGCGGUUUGAUUCUUUAUUUUGAACUUUAAGGAACUAAAAACGAUGUUGCGGCAUCAGACUUUCAUUUCCUGACCAAGCCCAUGAGCGCUCAUGCAGGCUUCACAAGAGCAGCCUUUUCAUUUGGACGCAACGGAGGCAGUUGGCUGGCAAGGGAUCAGUUCAUAGUUCUGUGUGACGCUCCAAAGGGGGCAGUUUGGAGCAUCAAGAACAGAGAUGGCUUCUGAUGACCAAACCGAGCAUCUUCUGCACAAAUACUCCGAUAAACCCGAUCCGAGCGAUUCAGGAGACAGUGCUGUGGCUGACCUUGUGGCUCCUUGUCUAAAAGAGGGUGAGCUCUACCACGUGUUCAUCAGCUACAGCAGUGUAGACUGCAGCUGGGCCCACGGCUUCAUCGACAGGCUGGAGUCAGCCCGGUCCGGCCUGCUGACCUGCUAUCACGAGAGGGACUUUAUACCCGGGAGGACCGUGCUGGAGAACAUGGCCGACUGCAUCCAGGCCAGCCAGAAGGUGCUGCUGGUCCUCAGCAAGGACUUCCUGCAGAGCCGCUGGUGCCUCCUGGAAGCCAACCUGUCCCUCUUCAGAGACUGCAUCGAGCACAAGCCUGUGCUGCCCGUGCUGCUGGAGCCCUGCACUGUGCCCCUGCACCUCAGCCACCUCACCUAUCUGGAGGCAGGGGACCCCGACUUCUUCAGCAAGGUCCUCAAGGUCCUCUGCACCCCCAACCGUCUACUGAGCAGCUCCACCGUGGUGCUCUUCCAGCCCCCCUCUGUCUACAAUGGGAAAGUCCUACUCACCCAGCAAGCUGUGGAAGGGGAGGACCUACCAAACUGGAAAGCGGGGAUGUUCAGCACCAUAAUGGUCCCCGAUCAGCUCCGAUUGGUCCUGGAAGAACCUGAAGCUUACAGGAAGGCUGUGAGUGUGAUCAACAGUGUCCCCACUUCCAGGUUCUGCGUCAGGUAUCUCUGUGUGCGAGUGGUGCUUUGCAUUGUAUUGGCACUGCUCCUCUCCUCCUCGAUAGUGUUAGGAGUAUUGACGUCAGCUGGAGUCCUAACCCAUUAUAAUCCUUCAGCCAACUCCCUCCUUGCUCGGUUGCCAGUCGGGCUGUGUCUGAUGGUCGUUGGGUUAAUGAUGAUCCCAGCCCUGAUUCAGAUCACAGCCUGCUGGGCUAAAAGCAAAGGGAAAGAAAAGCUAAGAGAGAUGCGUCUGCGAGCCGGACAGGCCAACGUGAUUCUGACUCGGGAGAAGCUCCUGGUGGGCUGCGAGUCGAGAACCAAGCUGCACUUCAUCUACCUGUCCCUGGAGGGCUGCAGGGAGACUUUCCGCAAGACCUUCCAGCGCCCAGGCAGCCCUGCGGGAGGGUGGGAGGAGCACUUCCACACAGCCCUGCUCUACUUCUCCUCAGGAUACGCCUGCUGUGUGACGAAAAGGCACUUCCCCUUCCCCCAGCCCCCGGACAUGGGCCCUGGGCACCAGGAGAGUGGAAUAAUAUGCUUCUGCCAGUAUGUCUCUCUGCAACUAGGCAGAGGGGUAUGGGCAUAGAUUGAGCAGGAAGAGGCUGAGGCCAGUGGGAGGCUCCCCCAGGGCAGAGUCUGCUUCCAAGCUGAUGCAGUAACCACCACGACCAGCAUGGGACCAAGAACAUCUAUACUACAAAACUAUACAAUAAUUGCUACUUCAGAUGUUCUAAAAUACACUUUGCACAGAUCUUAUCAUGUCAAACCGCUACCUGCUCAUUUAUUUUUGGGUGAUCAGAACAGAGAUGGUAGGCACUGCUACGAUCCUGAUCUAUUAGAGGGCAAAAGAAAAAAGGGCAGCAAAUCCUGCUGGAACUCGUUUGUCUCACGGAAUGCUGGUGCCCCUACACCGCAAACUACACCUGGGGCAUGUAAACAAACUUGCCUGUCAACAAAGUGUUCUUUAUGAUAAAGUGAAAGUGCAGCUAAACUGUGACACAAGUUAGUAAAUUGACGAUUUGAAUGAGAUUGUAGGACACAGCAGCUCCGCAGCUUUACUAGCUCAGAUUCAUAACCCAGUACUGAAAUAUCCACCUUGGUUCAAUUCUACAUCAGGAUUUAAAAACAAAAAUAUAUAUAUAUGUAUCUUGACCUGCUUAAAUUAGGUUAGGUCACUGUAAUA